AUGGCGUCGGACUUACGGAAGGCUGCUCUCACCAACAACAGCGCGUCGACCGAGUCAUUGAUUGGCGAAAGGAAAUCAACUCAACUACAAACCAGCGAAUCCGAAGUUAACUUGAUACGACCAGCUUUAUACAGUAUUUAUAAUACCGAUAGUGUGACUGAGUUAAGUAAAGAUGACGAAGACAAUGCAUCAUUCAUUGAGUUUGCCACCAAGGAACAAUUGAAGAAACAUGAACAACAAAGACAACAAGAAGUUUUGAUGAAAAACAAACGCACUCUUGUUGAAGAGAUCAUCAUCACCAUUGUGAAACUUGCUUGUAUGGGAGCCAGUGCAUUCUUUUAUAAUUGUUUGGUCUCAUAUAUUACAUCUCGUCAAAUUGAUUCUACUGAAUUCCAACAGCAAUUCAACAUAAGUAAAGGAUUCUUACAAAGAUUCAUUGCUGGGUUCCGCAUUAGUAGACAUGUUGAUUGGAUUCCAUCAAAAUUAGAUUCCAUUGAUGAAAUUGUUGGUUUAUUAUUCCAAGGUUUGGUGAUGAGUCUUUUCCAUCCAUUAAUGGAUUCUAUUCUUCCUUCUUCAAUGACUAGAAGGUUAUUACUGUCUAAUCCCGAUGCUGCUAAGUCUCUGCGUCAGAACUUCUUCAAUGAUUCUUUAAGAGCAGUUGUUGCAGUAUUGGGAGUAUCUUACGCCAUUCGUAAGAUUGAAUUCAACAGUAUGUGGCAGAUGUCCGUUGUCUGGUCAUUACUUAAUCCUUCUCUUUGGCUCUUAUUGGAUGGUACAUUGAGUGGGUUCAUUGCCUCGACUAUUGUGACCCUUGCUGGUUGUGUUCGUAUUUAUUUCCAGAAUAAAAAGGCAUGUCAGGCUUUAGCCUUAUCAAUGUCUUCGGAAUAUCAUGCUAUUUGGUUGUGGAUUAGUAGCUUCUUCUUUUGUGGGGUUAUCAUCUUUGGUAAAUUGGGUAGAAGUCUUUUAACUUGA